CACUGCGACUGCAAUCACUGGACAUCAUAAAAGAAGCGUGAAACUACGUAUUAACUGUAACUCCAGUUAUUACUUUAACGAAAUUCUACCAACUCCAGGAUAAAUGAGAAUAAAUUAUCAAUCCUACUGAAUUCUUAAACGAACCCAUUUCGAUACAAUUUUGCGAGAUAUAUCGCAGAAUAAAACUGGUAAUAUCUUGAGACUUGUGUGAAGGGUGUAGCAGGUUGUGUAGUUUCAAAAUGUCAACAAUUGCAAGUCCAUUAUCAGUAGCAGGCACUCGCUCAUCAGGGACACCGAUACGGACACAAAAUGUAAUGGCAGCUUGUUCCAUUGCCAAUAUUGUGAAGAGCUCAUUGGGUCCAGUCGGCCUAGACAAGAUGUUAGUGGAUGACAUUGGUGAUGUGACUGUUACUAAUGAUGGGGCCACUAUUUUGCGCUUACUUGAAGUGGAGCAUCCAGCGGCUCGUGUGUUGGUAGAACUGGCACAGCUACAGGAUGAAGAAGUUGGAGAUGGAACUACCUCAGUGGUGAUUAUAGCAGCUGAGUUGCUGAAAAAUGCUGAUGAACUUGUUAAACAGAAGAUUCAUCCAACGUCCAUUAUCAGUGGCUACCGACUGGCGUGCAAGGAGGCUUGCAAAUACAUCCAGGAGCACCUAACCGUUAGCGUGGAGGAGCUGGGCAGAGAGUGCUUAGUUAAUGCAGCUAAAACAGCAAUGUCUAGCAAGCUCAUAGGACCGGAUUCAGAGUAUUUCUCGAACAUGGUAGUGGAUGCUGCUCAGGCAGUGAAGGUGUCAGAUGGCAAAGGUGGCUUCUUGUGCCCUGUGAAAGCAGUGAACAUUCUGAAAGCUCAUGGCCGUAGUGCCAGGGAGAGUGUGCUGGUGGCAGGAUAUGCCCUAAACUGCACUGUGGCAUCUCAAGCUAUGCCAAAGAGGAUAGUGAAUGCCAAGAUUGCCUGUUUGGACUUUCCUCUGCUGAAGGCUAAGAUGAAGUUGGGUGUACAGGUUCUUAUAACUGACCCAGAGAAACUUGAAGGAAUACGACAACGAGAAUCAGACAUAACGAAAGAGAAGAUAGAGAAAAUUCUGGCAGCUGGAGCAAAUGUGAUCCUGUGUACUGGUGGAAUUGAUGAUCUUUGCCUAAAAUAUUUUGUUGAAGUCGGUGCUAUUGCUGUGAGGAGGUGCAAGAAAGCUGAUCUGAAAAGAAUAGCCAAAGCUACUGGAGCUACCUUCCUUACCUCACUCUCUAACAUGGAAGGAGAUGACAGCUUCGAUGCCAGCAAUAUUGGAGAGGCUGCUGAGGUGGUGCAGGAGGUCGUGUGUGACGAUGAACUUAUUCUUAUCAAGGGCCCAAAGGUUCGCACAGCUAGCUCAAUCAUUCUGCGAGGGCCCAAUGACUUCUACUGUGACGAGAUGGAGCGGUCAGUGCACGAUGCACUGUGCGUGGUGAAGAGGGUCUUGGAAAGCAAGAAUAUUGUGGCUGGGGGUGGCUCAGUGGAAGCAGCAUUGUCUAUCUAUCUUGAGAACUUUGCUACUUCUCUGAGUUCACGUGAGCAGCUGGCAAUCGCAGAGUUUGCACGAUCUCUUCUUGUGAUUCCCAAGACACUGGCAGUGAAUGCUGCGCAGGAUGCUACUGAUCUGGUAGCCAAGCUGCGAGCCUAUCACAAUUCAAGUCAGACCAAGGUGGACCAUGCACAUUUCAAGUGGGUUGGACUGGAUCUGUAUGAGGGAAUAGUUCGUGACAACAGGAAAGCUGGUGUCCUGGAGCCUGCAAUUUCCAAGAUCAAAUCCCUGAAGUUUGCAACUGAGGCUGCCAUUACAAUCUUGCGUAUUGAUGAUAUGAUUCGAUUGGAUCCAGAACGCAAGGAUGAUAAGUCGUACUGAAAUGCGUAUGAAUCAGGGGAACUAUAGGAUGGUAUCAGCAAGCAUUUCACUUCUUGUGGCACAGGAAAUGGUAAACUUUAUGAUAAAACUUACCCUUCAUUUGUGUUAAUAUUUAGCUGUUCUUUAUCAUUUAAAAAGUAACAAAUUGUAGCAAGUUCCUGUUUUUUUUUUAAUUUUGCAUGCUAAUUUUCUGUUAUGUGAAAGUCUUAUCAAGUUGAUACACAUGUCUUUCAAUAAAAUUUCAUAAUAAAGCUUUGCAACCACCUU